UUGUUCCUCGAGAACGCGCAGCCUACCUACCAGUAUUUACAACCUGUCGUUGUUUUCUAUAUUCGCGAGGAAGCAGCUGAUCCAAACAGACAUGUUAGGUAUCUGAAUAAUUAUUCGCACACCAUGUGGACAAGUAAUGAAGAACUGGAACAUAUUAUAACAUCAAUUCAAGAUGGUCUUCGCAAGCAAGUGUCGGAAAUGCGAAGUAAAGUGCCGAACUUCCAGCCACAGCUCGCGAUCGUGCAGGUCGGAGGGAGGGAAGACUCGAAUGUCUACAUCAGGAUGAAGCUCAAAGCUGCUGAGGACAUCGGCAUCCGCGCUGAACACAUCAAGCUGUCCAGAGAUUGUACUGAGGCUGAGUUGUUGACGCAGCUGACAGCCCUGAACGAGUCUCCGCUAGUGCACGGAAUUAUCGUUCAGAUGCCGCUCGACUCCGUCCACACCAUUGACAGCACGCUUGUCACCGACGCUGUAUCAUCGCUGAAGGAUGUCGACGGUUUGAACACAGAGAACGAGGGUCGUACAGCUCUGGGAGAUUUCUCGGGCUUCAGCCCUUGUACUCCUGCGGGAUGUCUGGAGCUGAUCAAGCGGACUGGAGUGAGCAUCGCGGGCAAGAAGGCCGUGGUGCUGGGCCGCAGCAGGAUCGUGGGAACACCCAUCGCUGAACUGCUCAAGUGGGAGCACGCCACUGUCACCGUGUGCCACUCUAAGACUGUUAAUUUGAGUGAAGUUACAAAGACGGCAGACAUCUUAGUGGUGGCAAUCGGAAAGGCUGAGCUGGUUCGCGGAUCGUGGAUCAAACCUGGUGCAAUUGUCAUCGACUGUGGUAUCAACCCCAUUCCUGAUUCGACAAAGAGUAGCGGUCAGCGAUUGGUUGGAGACGUGGCAUAUAACGAGGCCGUGCAAGUAGCGUCCCAUGUUACCCCAGUUCCGGGGGGUGUGGGGCCCAUGACUGUGGCCAUGUUGAUGAAGAAUACAGUGCUGGCUGCUCAGAGACAACUGGACAAGCUGGUCGCACCAGUUUGGACGCUGAAGCCUCUUCGACUCAAUGCUGUGUUUCCACCGCCGAGUGACAUCGCCAUUGCUCGAUCCCAGAAGCCGAAAGACAUCAGCAAGUUAGCAGAAGAGAUCGGACUGUAUCCGAGUGAGAUAUCUCAGUACGGACACACGAAAGCGAAGAUAUCCCUGUCAGUUCUUGACCGUCUGAAAGACCAAAGAGGUGGCAAAUACAUCGUUGUUGCUGGAAUUACACCAACUCCAUUGGGUGAAGGCAAGAGUACAACCCUGCUGGGUCUAGUCCAAGCGCUGACAGCUCACCGCGGUAGAAACUCGUUCGCUUGCAUGCGUCAACCCAGCCAGGGUCCCACAUUUGGUGUCAAAGGGGGCGCUGCCGGUGGUGGCUAUUCACAGGUGAUUCCAAUGGAAGAUUUCAAUCUUCACUUAACCGGUGACAUUCACGCCGUCACAGCAGCCAACAAUUUAUUAGCAGCUCAGAUGGACGCUAGGAUAUUCCAUGAGUUGACACAAAAGGAUGGUCCUCUUUAUGAUAGAUUAGUGCCAAAGAUUAAGGGUGUGCGGAAGUUCUCACCAAUACAGUUGAGGAGACUGAAAAGGCUUGGAAUAAACAAGACUGAUCCUGAUGCGCUGACUAGCGAGGAGAGAACAAAAUUUGCUAGACUUGAUAUUGAUACCACGAAGAUAAUGUGGAACAGAGUUGUGGACCUGAACGACCGUUUUCUCCGUAAGAUUACCAUUGGUCAGUCACCGACGGAGAAAGGCUUCACCAGGGAGACAAGCUACGAUAUAGCUGUUGCUUCCGAGAUAAUGGCAGUAUUGGCGCUCGGAAAGGAUGCCGAUGAUAUUAAACAGAGACUAGCCAGUAUGGUUGUUGCCCUCGACAAACGUGGCAAUGCUGUUACUGCUGAUGAUCUUGGAGUAACGGGCGCCCUGAUGGUCCUCCUGAAGGACUCGUUUGAGCCGACCCUGAUGCAGUCGCUGGAAGGUACACCCGUCCUCGUCCACACCGGACCUUUCGCCAACAUUGCGCAUGGAUGCUCUUCCAUUCUGGCUGACAAGAUCGCAAUGAAACUUGUAAAGGAGAACGGCUAUGUUGCUACUGAAGCUGGCUUCGGUUCUGAUAUUGGAAUGGAAAAGUUCUUCGACAUCAAAUGUCGCGCGAGUGGUGAGCGCCCACACUGCGCUGUGACGGUGUGUACGGUACGGGCUCUCAAGAUGCACGGCGGUGGCCCCACGGUGAGCCCUGGUCUGCCCCUCAACCAGGUUUAUUUAGAGGAAAAUAUAGAACUAUUAAGCAAAGGGCUGUGCAAUUUAGGAAAACAUAUCAGCAACGGCAACAAGUUUGGUGUACCAGUGGUUAUUGCUAUCAACAAACACGGAAAUGAUACACCAGCGGAACUGAACCUGGUGAAAGAAUUCGCGAUGAAGAAUGGCGCGUUCGGAGCGGUGAUAUGCGACCACUGGGCCAAGGGUGGAGCAGGCGCCUUGCAACUUGCAGACGCUGUGAUCGACGCCUGUGAAUCACAGUCCAACUUCAACUACUUGUAUCCUCUUGGGCUGCCCAUUCAGGACAAGAUACAGAAGAUCGCCUUCGAAAUGUACGGAGCUGGCAAAAUUGAGUACACCGAUGAUGUAUUGGAGAAGAUCAAGCAAUUCACUGAGAAGGGUUACGACAAAUUCCCAAUAUGCAUGGCGAAGACAUCAAACUCGCUAACAGGCGAUCCAGCUAUCAAAGGAGCCCCAACCGGCUUCACUCUUCGCAUCAACGACAUAUUCGUCUCCGUGGGAGCUGGCUUCGUAGUUCCCAUGGUGGGAGAGAUUUCCAAGAUGCCAGGGCUUCCAACUAGACCAAGCAUUUACGACAUCGACCUUAACACUAAGACUGGCGAAAUCGAGGGACUGUUUUAAUUUGUUGUUUUGAAUUUUAUUUUUAUUAAAGAUAUACAAUAUGCAAGCGUUA